AUGAUAUUGAAUGGGGGCUGCACGGACCAGAGGCUUGUCCAGAAUGAUAUGAGAGUCGCUGGACAUGAUCACAAUGGCAUUAGAUAUGACGGUUUUGGCCAUGAAGGAGACUUUAAUGAAAUAGUCCAUGUGGAGGAACGGAAAGGUGCCACUAGCUUACCUUUGUCUGCGGAUGAGUUUAAGGUUUGGAUACAAGAUAUGCACUUAGUGGAUCUGUCGCUCACUGAUCAUAAGUUUACAUGGUUUCGGGGACGAUCUUGCAGUCGUAUAAAUAGAGCACUGGUCAAUGUGGAGUGGCUAGAAGAGUUUUCGGAUAGUCGCCUACGAGGUGGGCCAAGGAGUUUGUCUGAUCAUUGCCCUAUAAUAGUGAAGGACAAGAAGAUGAGGGGAGGUCCAAGGCCGUCCCGAAGCCUCGAUUCGUGGUAUACACAUGAGGGGUUUUUUAGCAUGGUUAAAGAGGAGUGGAGAGGAUUGGGGGAGAUACAGUUCACGGAUAAACUAAAGGCGCUGACAAUUCCAUUGGGAAGAUGGCAUAAGGCCAAUUUUGGUGAGAUGGACAACAAAAUUACUAAGUUUGAGGAAGAAAUCAAGAAAAUUGAUGACAUGGUAAGCAAUGGAGUGUAUAAUGAAACAAUGGAGGCUAGAAGAAAGGCGUUGAUUACUUGUUGUGAGAGAUGGUAUCGAAGAAAGGAAGUACAUUGGAAACAGAUGUUUCGGUCUCGGCAUGCAAAGGAGAUGGACAAAAAUACAAGAUACUUUCACAAUAUAGCAUCAGCAAGGAGGCAAAAUAAUAGGAUUGAUAAACUGGUAAUAAACGGCAGACAGGUCGGGAAUCAAGCGAGAAUCACGAUAGAUGUCAGAGAGUUCUACAAGGAGUUAUAUCAUCAGGAAGCUUCGCCUAUGAUGGGUUUUAGAGAUGGUUUGGUGGGUAAGAUAGAUGAGGGAGAUGCUUUGACUUUAGAGGAGCUACCGUCGGCUGAGGAGAUCAGAAAGGCUGCAUGGGACUGUGAGUCAUCUAAAGUGCCAGGUUGUGAUGGGUACAACAUGAAUUUCAUUAAGAGGUGCUGGGGUGAGAUUGGUCUGAAUUCACGAUAG